AGAAAGAAAAAACAAUGCAAGCAAGCGCUUCGCCUACAAAGCGACGCGCCGUCCUCGGCUCUCUGGACGCGAACGCGGCCAUGUCGUCCUCCACGCCCGCAAAGAAAGUUGUCGUUGCCGUCGUCGCGAGGGAAGAAGAACAACAGCCGCCGCCGCCGCCGCCACUGCUACUGCUCACGCCGUCGAGAGGCGCAGAGGAGGACGAUGGUGGGGAGGAGCAGGUUGUGGAUGAGAGUCCGGCGGCGAAGAAGGCGUGUGUUGAUGGGAGCACGCGAUCAAGUUCGCCCAGCGUCGAGACGAGCUCCCUCUUUGAUUCCUCCACCAUCACGACUGCCACGACUGCAACAGAACCUAUCAUACCUACGACGAGACCACGGGCAUUGACAAGAGAGCAAGCCAGAGAGAAAGCAGAGAUCCUCCGCUUGCGCCUCGGCCUGGCGGGCUACAAGCUGCGAACGGGCCAAACCUCGGUGCCCCUCUCCGAGCUCCAGCGCAAGCCUCUUCCUCCGUCGACGACGACGGCGGCGACAAACAUUAUGCGCAGACGAGCGAAUACGAGUUGUACAUCCACGGAGCACAACACGAGCAUACAUUCCAGAGUGAAAAGUGCGGCUUCCAGUAGUCCAUUGCAAGUUUCCCCCGGUCUGUCGCAGGAGUCGUCUACGUUGUCGUCGACGGGGUUUACAAAUGGUAUCGUGACUGUUCCUGCGUCGUCACAGGAGAGUGUUGUUGCGGAGACGAGGGGGAACACGCCCGAGAGAGAUAGGGAUCACAAGGGGGGGUUACAACUGCUUGGGGUGGGGGGUGUGGAUUCUCCUUCGAGGAUGUUCCAGUCGAGUCCGGUGCCGGCUCCGGUGUCGUCGUUGAGGAGUACUUGUGCGUAGAAAGGG